AGGUGAGCUGUUAGCCUCGAUUCAAGGCCGAUUAGGCUAGUGAGCUGUUUGCAAGUUGGCCCUUGUUAUAGACAAGACAACAACAGAGCUAUAUACAGAUUGCCCCCCCCCCCUUUAAAAUGGGCGUUGAUGUUGAGUUGUGGAGAGCUCGUAUUGGGUUAUUCAAUGGUGGAAGAGGAGGGCGGUCACGUCAUGCUUCCCUGACUAACCAGAUGCUACACUGUGAUGUUAUUAAUAUUGUAGUCGCAAUGGUGUUGCUGACCCAGUAUUGCAGCUUGAGUCUGUUCCUGGCUGAAGAUGCUACCAGCAAUUGUGAAAAGUCUGUGAUCAAAUCAUUACUAAAUACACGUCAUGAUCCAAUUAGGAACAGAGCUCCUUCUUGUAACUGUUGCUAUGAAGAUAUGGUUCCUGAAAGGAAAGAAGAAUUCACACCUCAUCACUCAUCAAAUACUUGUUUUAGCCGCACCAUUACUGUGAUCUUGAUAGGAGUAAUAGUUGUCUACUCCUUCUCUCUUCUCCUGUUAUUGGCCGGAGAUGUGGAGCUAAACCCUGGACCUGGAAUGGAUACCGUUGUGUCUAUCUCUGACUUAUUUGAGGUAUGUGAGAAGGUGAGGAGUGCUAGUCCAAAGUGGUUUGAUUUGGGACUUGCGUUGAAUUUGAGCUAUACUGACUUAGCCAAUUUUCGUGAUACGUACCGUGGUGACAAUGAUGUGUGUUUACGUGAGGCCCUAGCUCGUCGACUGCAGUCAGGUGGUCCUCUAACUUGGAGAGGUAUGUGUACUGCUCUCAGGAACUCUACAGUGGCAAGAAAUGAUGUAGCUGAAGCGAUAGAGGAAUAUGUUGAAAAGAAAAACAGAGAAGAACUUAAGAUAACUCAAAGCACCCAAGAAAACGAUUCGUCAGACAGUACUACCAGUCAACUACUUUGCAAAAAAUUUAAUACGUCUCUAUCCAUAGAAAAGUUAGAAGUAGAUUCGAUGAAGAUGGAAAUGAAGUUUGGCGAUCUUGUGUCACAACUAAACCAAUCACAUGAAAUUACUAAAGACUCUUUAGUAACUUGUUUGGUGGGGAUUAACUGUUUAAAGAAAGUAUUUGAUAAAGGAAAUCCGUGUGUUUUCGGAGGUCAAAGAGAGAAACUUUCGAAAUGUUCUAAUACUGCGGAAGUUUGGCAAAUUAUUGCUGACUACUUCUCCUUCUUUGACUAUUAUAUGGUGGAGCUGAUUACUAACCGCCUUGGAACAGAUAUCGACAAAGAAAACAUGAGACAGUACAAAACCGAUUUUAUUGAGUAUGCUAAGAGGCGAGUAGUGAAAGGAGAGAUUAGGUCAAACUCUAGAGAAGAUACCGUCACUAUGAUUGUAAAGCUCGAUUCUACCUACGACAAUUGUGAAAUGAGUCGACUGAAGUUAUUCGAAUCGAAUUUAAGUUCAAUCUUGAACCUGAAUGAUGGUGUUUUAAAACUCGUUAAAAUUGAUGAUGGUUGUAUCGAACUAAUAUUUUCGUUGCCGUAUUUUAUCACAAGUGACAUCUUUCCACUGUCAACGGAUCAAGAACGUGCUCUACAGAGUCAAGGGGUCUUACAGCUACACUGUAGGGAUGUGCAUUAUCCAGCUGAGAGUCAACCAGAUGAAGGAGAUAAUACCUCUGAUAAUGAUUCAAUGCAGGGGGUGGCUAGUUUUCCAGCGGCUUCUGUUCAGGGGAUCGACACAGCCGGGCUAAGUGUAACAAGAGCUGUCAGCAGUAAUCGUGAAGGGAAGCCACAUAUGAAGUCAAGGCCUUUGCUAAAGGAUCUGGUGAAGGAACUUGAUUCUGUUUUAACCUGGCAACUGCUCAUGAUAAAUUUGGGAGUGAAGAAGUAUGAAAAUGAUAAGAUAGAAAUUAACUUCCCGUGCGAUAUUGAUCGACAAAAACAGGAGGCCUUUGACAAGUGGUUGAGGAUGAAACCUGAUGCUUGCUGGAAGAAUGUCAUUGAUGCUCUGUAUGAAAUAGAGGAGAUCACUCUAGCUAGUAGUCUUGCUAGGAAGUACGCCUGGGAAGAUCCAAGGGUAUACGUAAGCAGCAACUACUUAAGUACCUCUAAGGCUGCUCGCAUCACUGCCAGGAAAAUUGGUGAUAUAUCAUGUCGAAGAUUUCUUCCUAAACUUGCUCAUGGACUAGAUUACUACACUUUAGAAGAUGCUUUAGUACGACCAAUAAAUAGAAGAUCAGCAGCAAUAAGGACAACUUAUUUUUCAGGUCUUUUACUCCGUCCACAAUCCCGUUUUGACUGUUACAGUCUGGUCGAUUUUUUUAGGAGCAUUGAAGAAAAUAUCAGUAAAAGCGACUUCAGAGUUGGGCUGGAAGCAAGGUUUGGACAAUUGUACUUGAAACUGAAUCCAGAAAAUGUACUUCCUGCUAACUCAACUAGCCAAGAGUGGAUGAGAUCCAAGUCACUUCGAAAAGCAGCAUUCAACACCCAAGUGGAAGAAGCUGAUGUUGGGAAACUGUUUGUUGGGAGGGAGCAGCUCGGGAAAGAGGUCACUAAAAUAUCUGUGAAAUUCGAAGUGGAGGGUCAACAUGAAGGGAGAUACUCGGCAGUCAUUGAUACGAAUGGUGAUGGUGACAUGUUUUACCUGGAUGCUGUGUACAGAGAACCAGCCAUUGCGAAGAGAGCAAGAUUAAGCAUUGCUCUACCAGGAUACAAGUAUGACUUGAGGAUAUCUGAUUGUACUGAAUGCAUCUUGCUAGCUGAACAUGAGAACAGUAUACCUUAUCAGAUGGCCGAAACUAUUACUAGGUCUUUGUGCAGACUUCCCGCUAGAAAGCUUCGUAUUAUUCUCCAUGGAUUAUCUCGAAACAAGCAGAGUAUUUGGAAAGUAAACUACAUUCGACAGCGUAUUCAAAAGCAGUACAAAUGGAAACCAGAGAAAAAGUGGAUUUUGGCCCAGUACGAUGUUGAUGUCUUUGACUAUAAAACAAAUCGCACUGUGGAAGUGCACCCACUGAAUGAAGGAGUGGACAUUACCGAAGUGGACUACUCUAGAAAAGAAGUCAAGCUUUGGGGUCAAAAGAUAUUCCCAAGUAAUGUCAGUGACACCCACCCCUCACGAGACAAGUACUACUACAUGGAGGGGAUUGAGGGAGUGCGACUGCCUGGGGGGAAACUCAGGGAGCCGUACAAUUGGACCACUGAGGAACUGUUGAGAGAUUUUGAGGAGUUUCUGGGAGAUGCAUUCAAGAUUGCUCACAUCCUUGAUGGAUCACCUUACUAAACUAAAGCGUAUCAAUUAUACAUUGUAGUUUUUACCAUAAUUUAAGCUGUGGUAUUAUACAACUAGUCAAAGAUUUACUUCACUGCCACUGCAUGCAUGUACUUCGUUCAUCUGUGCACAUUGUUGAUCGAGAGGCAUAUCUUUUUAAUUGCCUA